AUGGGUGAUGACGAGUAUAUGAAGGCGUUGGAGAUCCAACGAAGGAACUUUGAGAUGCAGUUUGGCAACCUUGAAGAUAUGGGGUUUGUGGAUAAGUCCAAGGCUGAGGCACUGAGUUCAGAGGAGGAAGUGGAGGACGAUGAGGGAGAUGAGGAUGAUGAAGUGGACGAGGAGGAGGCUUCAGAAAGUGAAGAAAAUGGGUCUCUGUCGGAGUCUGAGCUGGAAGAACUGGACUCAGAGGAGGAAGUUGCUCCUAAAGUGGUCAGGUUGGACGCUGACUCUCAUAUACCCACACAGGCAUCUAGAGAAGACAAGAAGCUCUUAAGGAGAGGCAGAGCGCCUACGCUAGCUGAACUACAGAAAAGAAAGGCAGAACAGGAGAAGCUUACGAAGAAACAGCAGGCGCAAGCUGCCAAGGAAGACUCAGAGAACUUGGAUAACGACCUUAAGCUCCAACGACUCCUCAGUGAAUCGCAUAUCUUAGCACAUAACAUGGAGCAUCUGGGAGCUGAUUUGACGAUGCAAACGAUAGACUAUGAAGCCCCUGUGGGUAACGCCAGAAGACGUAUUCUCGACCAGCGUAUACGUGCAGCUUCAGCUACCAACUCGCGUACUAAGGGUCUUCCUGAGAAGCUUGAAAAGAUGCCUAUGAAAUUAAGAAAAGGCAUUAUCAAUGCUCGUGAAAGAAGAGUCGCUGACUACGAGAAAGAGGCCCGCGAGGCUGGAAUUGUUCUUUCGAAGGUCAAGAAGGGCCAGCUUCGAGACUUGGAGCUGGGUAAAGGUGCUACCGCUUCCAGCGACCGUUUGGGUGUGGGUAAGAAACAGAAGAACCGUGUGAGAGACCGUGGAUUGAAGAUUAAUUCUAUUGGUAAGUCUACGAGAAACGGGUUGCGGAUCUCUCGGGAUGAGAUCAGUAGGAUCAAUAACGGUGGAAAGAGAAGACGGUAG